AUCGAGACCUCGCCCUGGUGAGCCGAGAUGGGUUAAGCUCCACGUUGACCAAGAUGAACCAGAUCCUCAUGGACAAAUACCUCAAGCUGCAAGACACCAGUCGCACCCAGCUGCUUUGGCUGCUGCGCGAGAUGGUGAGGAACGGCGUUCUAGGCAUCGAUGGGAUUUGCAUGACGUUCAUGAAACAGAUUGCAGGAGGAGAUGUCACCGCCAAGAACAUAUGGCUGGCCGAAAGCAUCCUCGACAUACUGACGGAACAGAGUUCAUGGAUUGCUUCAUGGUCGGCCGAGAUCUCGUGCGUCUCCUCCAAAGCGUCGCCCGGAUCCCGGAGUUCGAGCACCUUUGGAAGGACAUCAUCCAUAACCCCCAGGCCCUGAGUCCCCAGUUCACAGGGAUGUUGCAGCUUCUGCAGUCAAGGACGUCCCGGAAAUUUCUGGCAUGUCGCCUGACCCCCGAUAUGGAGACCAAGCUGCUUUUCAUGACCUCACGGACACCUGGCUCCUCUUUUCGAUAACCCCAAGCUGGACCGGGAACUCCGCGCUAUGCUCCGGGAGAAGUUUCCAGAAUUCUGCACGUCUCCUUCCCCUCCGGUCGAAGUCAAAGUCGAGGAACCGACGGCCGCAGAGAUGGACAAUCACAUGUCCGACCGAGACGACGGGUGCUACGACCACGCCGAAGCCGCCUUCAGCGACGAUGAGGAAGAUGUCAACAGCAAAGGGAAGAAGAGGGAAUUCCGCUUCCACCCCAUCAAAGAGGCGGUGGUGGACAUCACCCCCUUCCUGGAGCAGCUGGACGAGUCCCUCAAAGACAAAAUCCUGCUCUUGCAGAAGGGGAGAUCUCUGGAAGAAUCCGUAGGAAAGCCGCUGUACUUAAUAUUUAGGAAUCUCUGCCAGAUGCAGGAAGACAACAGCAGCUUCUCCGUCCUGCUGGACGUCCUGUCUGAGCUCUACCAGAAGCAGCCCAAGAUCGGCUACCACCUGCUCUACUACUUAAAAGCCAGGUGGUCUCCGCUCUUAUUCUCCCUUCUCUUCCCUCCUAAGUUUCCCGACGAGACCCUCCGAAGCGGGGAGCUGUUAAACAUGAUUGUCGCCGUUAUCGACUCAGCGCAGCUCCAGGAACUGGUGUGUCACGUCAUGAUGGGGAAUUUGGUCAUGUUCCGGAAAGAUUCGGUCCUUAAUAUUCUGAUUCAGAGCUUGGAGUGGGAGACCUUUGAGCAAUAUUGCACCUGGCAGCUUUUCCUGGCACACAACAUUCCCCUGGAAACCAUCAUCCCCAUCCUUCAGCACCUCAAGUACAAAGAACAUCCCGAGGCUCUUUCCUGCCUCCUUUUGCAACUGCGGAGGGAAAAGCCGACGGAAGAGAUGGUGAAAAUGGUGCUGAGCCGGCCGUGUCACCCGGACGACCAGUUCACCACCAGCAUCCUCCGGCACUGGUGCCUCAAGCACGAGAACCACCUCAUCGAGCACAUCAAGUCCCUCCUGAUCAAGAACAACAGCCUCCCCCGCAAGCGCCAGAG